UAACAUGUAAUUAUCUUUAUAAACUCACACAUUUUUUAACAUUAGUAUUAAUCUACGUUAAAAUGUUGCAUCCUGAGAUGGAAUGUAACAUUUUGACUUGAGCCCCAGGGCUUACUCAAAGUUACCCAGCAAAGUAGAAAUCAGUAUCAGGAUAAACCACUGCAGUGAUUACUUAAAAGUUGAGGAAAAUAUUCUAAAAGCCUUUGCUGGGAGUUUUAUUGACCUGUCUUCCUCAAAAGAAGCAGAUUUGCUGAGUUGUCUGUGUAACUUUGCUGAGUUUGCUCCAAAACCCCCUCAAAUCUGAAACAUGGGUUUUACUCAUCAACAUUAUCGAGAUACUGUAACCUGCCUCAUGAGACGGGCAUCGGGAUGACUGAGAUGAAGCUACACUUUGUCCGGUCACAGAUAUUGUACUUCUCCGUACACCAUACAACCUCAGUGAAUGAAUCAACACAAGGAAGUAUUUUCAUCAGUUUAUUUGUAGAAAUAUAUAGCCUAACAAAUAUUUAUUUGUCCUCUUAACUGUACAUCUGAUCUUCCUACAGUGUUACUACAAAAAUGACUAAUAUCAGAUGGUGUUGGUUUACCUUUUCAUUUGUCAUGACCAUAAACUGUAUAAAACAAGGUUAUGACAUAGAAUUAACAUUAUGGCAUGGGUCUAGGAUUUUUUUUAAGUGUUAUGCUGUAAGCCAGACUGUUUGUGUGCAUUUUCUCAUACACAAUGGUGUGUCCCUUGGUUUUGCUCAUUCUUAGAAUUUAUUAUGUAUGUGCUAUAAAGCAUCGGCCUGUAGGUGGCAGAAUAGUAAUAAUUAUCUGUAGUAUUCUUGCCUCUUUUUUUCACUUGACCGGACAUCCAUGAGUUCCACACAUUUUUCCAGUCCAGGUCCACAUGUGAUUGUCCUAACACAGCCCUUUUAACGGGUUUACUCUACAAAGCCGAUGAAUUCUUUAUUUCUUUUCAAAUUAUACUAAACCUGAAUAAACUUAAGUUUAGACAUUUAGCCUGUUUGGUAGGACGCUGUUUUACAAGAGGAAACAAACAGAAUCGGACCCGUUUUAUUUUACAGUUCUAUGGCAUAAUGCGCCAAAAAAUCGUUUACUAGCAAGACUUCAAUCCAACAUCAUCUCCGGAGUCAGUUUUAUACGAGCCACCUCACAUGUCACGUGGGCAGUUUAGAACUCCUCUGCCCACCGGAGCCGAUCCUGCAGGAGAAGACGUUGGAAGCUUGAUUGACGUUCUGUGCAUCCAAUCACAGCUCGGCGACGUCGACUCGUCGGCCAAUCGGCUGCCUAGAGGAGGUAAAGGGUUUUCAUGGAUGGAGUCCGCCUGCAUCGACUAUAGUGAAGUUAAAACAAGGACACAGCGAAAACUGAACGUGUUAAGAUGUGUUUAAAGUAGUUUUGAAGUCAGACGUGCAUGACAUUUAACACUUGCACGGUGUUACAGCGAAGGAUACAGCAAUUAUUCAGGGGACAAGUCAUAACAUGGAAUGUGUGGCGGUGUAGCUGAUCCCCUUCAUGCUGCUGUCUGAAGAGCUUGCGUAGGAGAAGAGCAGCAAGCAUGGACGUGGAAGACUUUCCUCCCCCACCUCCUGAAUUGUUAGUAGACAACGUCUCCUUUGCAGAUGAAGUUGAGGGAGAAGCCUUUGACUUUGAAGAUAGUGGGGAUGACAUCCCUGAGGCUGACCGCCCACCUGCUGCACCUCCAGCUCCUCUAGCCCCAGGUAGCAAGGAUCAGAGCCAGGACAAGAUGGUGGCAAGUCAGUCCAAGGGCCCUCUUCCCUGCGCGGACCCCCCAGCACUUUCCACCAUAUCCGACACAGCUCCAUCAUCAGCAGACACAGCAGUUGCCACAAGCAGAUCCUCCACAGCAGGUGGAGCAACAACAGAAGGAGAGGGGACAUCUGCUGCUGAGGGGACUGAUGACAGGGAGACAGAUUUACCACCACCUCCACCUCCUCGUCUUGAAGAUGACGAAACAGAGACAGAUCCUGGAGAAACAGGCAGGAAAAGCAAGGAUGCAUCCGUCAAUGACCCUCACCCUCCACAGGCUGUCCUCAAGACCUCCUCCCAGGGCAAAGUCAACCCCUACUCUGUGAUUGACAUCACUCCUCUACAACUGCAGCAGCUUGAGCAGCAGCACGGACCCUCCUCUUCCGCUUCCUCACCAAUGGAGCCCAAAGAACGAGAAGGAGAAGCACAGGAUAUCCACAGUGGCCCUGUUGGCAUCACUUCAGGAUACUCAGUCCCAGUGCCCUGUGGCUAUGCAACCCCCUCUGGCGUACCGCUCAUCAUGCCAACUUACACCACACCCGUCAUCAUUCGACACCUCUCCAUGGAUGAGGAUGUCACUGUGGUUGGGACUGGCAACACCUCUGGUGACAGUGUUUUCAGUGAAGAGUAUCCACCUAUUAGAGAAGAGGAUGCUUUGGCUAAAUGGGCGUCAGAUCCUGCCAACACUGCAUGGAUGGAAAAUCCAGAUGAGGUGAUUUACGAUGAUGUGCCCAGAGAGAACUCUGACUCCAACACAGAUCCAGAUGAGAUGAUCUAUGAUGAUGUGGAGCUUGGCGAGGAGGGUGGCUGCAACAGCUCCCUCGACAACGGCUGGAGCUCUAGCGAGUUUGAGAGCUACGACGAGGCCAGUGACGGGGAAGGCCGCCCUGAGAACGGCCUGCCCCACGCCUUCAUGAGAGGAAAGCCACCGCAGAGGAAAACCCAUCUCUCUCAAGAUCUGACACGCUUGAAAGAACACUAUGAGAAAAAGAUGAAAGAUCUAAUGGCAAAUACAGUGGGAACGGUAGAGCUGCAGCAGCUAAAACAGAAACACGAGCAGAAGAUGCAAAAGCUGGUGAAGGCAGCUAAGGAAGGGACCAAAGAUGGGCUUGAGAAAACCAAAGCUGCAGUGAAGAAGGGGCGCUCUUUCAUCAAAACCAAGUCUUUCUGUCAUGAGAGGAAGUCGGCCUGUUUUGAAGAUGAGGAGUCUGAACUCUUCAUUGAAGUCGACUGUUUCAAUGUUGAGCCAGUACUGUGUCCAGCACCAGAGGGUCUUUCACAGCAACAGCUGGUGAGAAGAUGUAUAUUGGGAUCUAUAUUGGAGAGUGAAAAGAACUAUCUUGAUGCACUGAAGAGGAUAUUAGAGCAAUAUGAAAAGCCCCUGUCCCAGCUUGAGCCGAGGCUGCUGAGCGACAGGAAACUGAAGAUGACCUUCUAUCGAGUGCGUGAGAUCCUGCAGUGCCACUUCCUGUUCCAGAUCGCCCUGGCAAGCCGUGUCGCUGAAUGGGACAGCUUGGAGAUGAUUGGGGAUGUCUUUGUGGCGUCGUUCUCAAAGUCCAUGGUGCUGGAUGCCUACAGUGAGUAUGUGAACAACUUCAGCACUGCAAUGGCAGUGGUAAGGAGGUCGUGCGCCUCCAAACCUGGCUUCCUGGAAUUCCUCAAGCAUCGUCAGGAGACCAGCAGUGACCGAAUGACCUUGUAUGGCCUGAUGAUGAAACCUAUUCAGAGAUUCCCACAGUUCAUUCUGCUCCUUCAGGACAUGCUGAAGAACACACCUGUGGGUCAUGGCGACCGUCUGCCCCUGCAAAUGGCCCUGACCGAACUGGAGACACUGGCAGAGAAGCUCAAUGAAAAGAAGAGGGAAGCUGACCAACGCUGCGAGAUCCGUCACAUUGCAAAGGCCAUGAACGAACGCUACCUCAACAAGCUUCUGAGUAAUGGCAGCCGCUACCUGAUCCGCUCAGAUGACAUGGUGGAGACGGUCUACAAUGAGCGUGGUGAAAUCAUCAAAACCAAGGAGCGACGCCUCUUCCUGCUCAAUGAUGUUCUCAUGUGUGCCACGCCCAACAUCCGAUGUCAGGAUGGCAGUGGGGGUGGCAGUGGCAAUGCCCCAAUCGACCAGAAGUUCCUUCUGAAAUGGAGUGUGCCGUUGAGCUUCGUGGAAGUGUUAGAGUUUGGAUCCAGCGAGGACAUGGCCGACAACAGCCACUAUCCAACACCCCAUUCUGGGGAGAAGGUGGUCAUCAACGCUAAGCCAAACAAGCUGUAUAUGGGCCCUGGUCAGCUGUACCAAGACCUGCAGAACCUAAUCCAUGACCUGAGCCUGGUGAACCAGAUCUCCAGUAUGAUCAGCAGCCUCAAAGGAAACUACCAGGUACUGUAUGACUGUACUAAACACAAGCUCUGAGUUGAAGUCCCAUCA